AUGUCUAACUCCACCCUGAGUAACGGCACCUUGGAAAUGCUCCAAAACCGGAUGCUGAAAAUCACCCUGCCCAUCUUACACCUGCUCAUCUUCGCUAUCAGCCUGCCUCUCAACUCGUUCUGCCUCUGGAUCCUCUCCUGCCACUCCCGGCCCUGGGUACCCACCGUCAUCUUCGCCAUCAACCUGGCCGUCGCCGAUCUGCUCUACAGCGUCAUGCUGCCCUUCCAAGCCGCCUACCACCUCCAAGGCAACAACUGGCCCUUCGGCUCGUUGCUCUGCCGCAUCCUCACGGUCCUCUUCUAUGGCAACAUGGAGUGCUCCAUCCUCACCAUGACCAGCAUCAGCAUCGAGCGCUACCUGGGGAUCGUCCAUCCGCUCCGAUCUCAACGCUUGAGGACCAACCGGAUGGCCGUUUGGACCUGCCUCUGUAUCUGGGGAGGCAUUCUGUUGGGCAAUUAUCCCUUCAUGAGCAACGAUCUCACCUUCCCGGUGCAAGAACUGGGGAUAGUCACCUGCUUCGACAUCUUGCCCAAGAGGAUGUUUCCGGCACCGUGGCAUUUUGCGCUCUUCUUCGGCUUCCACGUUUUUCUCACCUUCCCGCUGCCCCUGUUGGUCAUGGGGUUCUGCUACGGCUCCGUCAUCCGGACCCUGCUUCGCUCUUCCUCGUCCGUCUCCGGGGACACCAGGCGGCAGGCGGUCUCUCUGAUCGUCGUGGUGUUGGUCGUGUUUGUGCUCUGCUACCUGCCCAACAGCAUCAUCACCGUGCUCCAUCUCGUCUACAUGCAGAAAUACAAGUCGGCCUACGUGGAAUACAAGCUGUCCUUGGCCGUGAACAGCCUCAACGCUUGCAUCGACCCGUUCCUUUACUAUUUUGGUUCCAGGGAGUUUCGACAGAAGAUGCGCCCGAUCUGGGGUCGGAUCGGCACCUGUUGCAGAAAACAAGCCGCCCCUGCCUACUUAGAGCAGAGAGUGAUUUUUAACAUCUAG